AAAAAAAAUGGUUGACAUUGACUGGUAUCCAAGCCACUCGGUUUUUUCCCAGAGUAAAAUUUAGUUUACCACAAAAUGGAAUAUGAAGGGCAACUAGGUAGACACAUAAAAACAAGCCAAAUCCCUAAGAAAUAGUCUGUCGCGGCGAUCUGGCAGAGUUGUUGUCAACGAAAGAUAGUCCCAAGUACGAUGAAACUUUCUUAUUACUUCAGGGAGUUGAACACGGGACCACUCACUACUCAAAUUGCAAUGUUUUCGGCAGAAAGGCUGAAUUUUGUUUGGGGUUUGGGUCCUUUAACGAGAAAACCAUGACCAAUCGUUUUGUGAUAGAUCAAAUGUUGUAUUGCUGGCUGCAAUGUUGAACACGUACUCGACAUGCAUGCAUUCCAUGUAAACACCGUGGGUAUGCUGCUAUGUUUGAUUUGUGAGGCAGGAGGAUGCCCAAAGACUAAAAAUCCAAUUUUGGGUGUCCGUAGAUGUCAGGAAAUUGGAAGUUAUUUAAAGAUAUUUAAAGUAAUUGAUGGUAAUAAGAUUUACUCAGUUAAAAGAAAUUUACUCCGGAGGUUGGAAUCGGCCAUGGCCGUCCAUAUUCAAAUGCCCCUUAACAGCGCUAGUAAUAAAUUUCUGAAAGUAGAAGAAUAUGAUAGCUCGGUUCAGAUUGAUGUUGAUGCUCGUGCUCCUGGAACUUCGUCGAAAGGGAAUUCGAGGCUUCAUAGAAAUGGUCUAAAUGGCUCAAGGAGUCAGCUUAGUUUGAAAAAUGAAGCCAUGGGGACAGAAACUCAUUGUGAACUUGGUUCCUGUGAUGAAAAUAUUUCACACAAAAAAAGAAAUGUUUUCAGGGCAAUUAAGCUCUUUGGUGUGGAUAUGUCACCUGAUAACAUUGCUAUUGCCAUGGUCUAUUUUGUUCAAGGUGUCUUGGGCCUUUCACGUCUUGCUGUGACCUUCUUUCUGAAAGAUCAUCUCCAUCUUGAUCCAGCAGAGACAGCGGUUAUAUCAGGAAUAUCUGCUGCACCAUGGCUAAUCAAACCUCUCUAUGGAUUUGUCAGUGACUCCUUCCCACUGUUUGGCUAUCGAAGAAGGUCAUAUCUUAUAUUGGCUGGGCUUUUAGGAGCAUUCUCCUGGGGUCUAAUGGCUACCUUUGUUGAUGACAUGUUUGGAGCUGCAGCUUCUAUUUUCCUUGGUUCAUUGUCGGUCGCCUUUUCAGAUGUUGUUGUGGAUUCAAUGGUUGUAGAAAGAGCCCGUGGUGAAUCACAGAAUACCUCAGGUUCUCUUCAGUCUUUAUGUUGGGGUUCUUCUGCUGUUGGGGGUAUAGUGAGUGCUUACUUCAGUGGCUCACUUGUGGAGGCAUAUGGUGUAAGGUUUGUUUUUGGUGUUACGGCAUUUAUGCCUUUAAUGACUUCUGGUGUUGCUGUUCUUGUCCGUGAACAACCAUUUUCAAGUUCAAUGCUAUUUACAGGCCCAGAAAAUCCUAGAAUCAAUCUGGGUGUUCUUGAAAGUGCGAAAAAGCUUGUUCUUCAAUUGUGGGGCACUGUCAGACAACCAAACAUCUUUUUGCCUACUUUGUUCAUAUUUUUAUGGCAGGCAACUCCACAAUCAGAUACUGCUAUGUUCUUCUUUACGACAAAUAAACUGGGUUUUGGGCCAGAGUUCCUUGGUCGUGUAAGGCUGGUUACAUCAGUUGCUUCAUUGAUUGGGGUUGCACUUUAUAAUGGUCUCUUAAAGAGUGUACCUUUACGGAAAAUAUUUCUCUGGACAACCCUUUUUGGAGCAGGUCUGGGCAUGACACAGAUCAUACUCGUCACCGGCAUUAAUCGACAGUACGGUAUUAGUGAUGAAUGGUUUGCAGUUGGGGAUUCCCUAAUUCUGACAGUCCUUGGUCAGGCAUCGUUCAUGCCUGUAUUGGUACUUGCUGCAAAGUUAUGCCCUUCAGGUAUGGAAGCCACGCUCUUUGCAACUUUGAUGUCAAUUAGUAAUGGGGGCAGUGUCACCGGAGGUCUAAUUGGAGCAGGCCUCACAAAAAUUUUGGGUGUCACAAAAGAUGAUUUCACAAACCUAACACUAUUGUUGUUAUUGUGCAAUAUGAGUUCCUUGAUUCCUUUGCCCCUUCUUGGUUUGUUGCCUAAAGAAAAUGAGUUGGAUGCUGCAACAAGCGACUCGGACAAAGCAAUGCUUGGUAUUGAAGAGAGCAAAUUACAGUAAAACAAUGAACAAUUAAAUUUGAAGAGAAUUCAUUGUUUAACAUUAGGAGUUCAACCUUUGUAUCGUCAAAAGCCAAAGUCUAAUGCUUUCAAAUUAAGGUUUUCCAUAGAUUUCUUUUGAAUCUUUUACAUGUCUUCAAAAGUGAGAGAUGUGCAUGUGGGAUAUCAUUUGAAUCUUUGGGAUUCUCUCGUAGUGGGAAGGUUUUGCAACAUAUCUUUUUGGCUUAUGUAGCUACGGCUUUGAAGUUUGAAAGAAAAUAAUUUAUUGGACAUUGUAGUAAAUACCAUAGACUGUAAAAAUUGUUUUGUAAAAACAGUUACGCCAACAAAAAAUUAACAUAAUGUUUUUUUC